CAACAGUUGGUUCGCAAGAAUAUUUUCUUGGAGACGGAGAUAAAUACUACUCAGUUCUUUAAUAAUUUUCUUUUUGAUGAUGUGACAAUUGUUUGUAUUGACAGAAAUUGAACAAAAACUAAAUCCAAAAUUUAAGUUUAUCAUGCGAAUAAUUAAAAAUGUAUUUUUUCAAUUGUGUAUUAAGACAUCAUGUCAUCGACUAAACAUACCUUAACACAGUUGUUUUUUGUUUUCUGAAUUCACACCCACCCACCCAAAAAACAGCUGAUUUUGACGAAUGAUAACACAAAAGAGACUCUUUGUAGCAAUAUAUAAAUAUUUUAAACCACAAAAAAACUUGUAAUAUUGUAAUAAAAACUUUUUUGAAAAUGGGUUCGUUGUGCUCGUCGUGUUUUGGAGGUAAUGGUGAAUCAUCUAACCUGAUGCCAUCGCCGGAAACUCGACGUCGUCAACAACUUGAAGCAGCAGAACGCCGACGUGAAGAAAAUGAACAUAGAGGCAUUAAAAACCCUGAUAGUGUUCGAAGACAACAGCAACGUGCAGAGGAUUUAGCUAGAAGAGAAGAAGAGGCUGCGCGAACAGGUGGCGGCGCACCAGCGUUAAAGUGGCAAGCAAACUAAGUAAAAACGCUUAAGGGAGUUUCAGGAACUAACAGCUUUAAGCGCGUAUAAUUCUAAGUAUUCAAACACGUAAACUUAUGUGCGUAUCAAAA